AUGCUUGAAAUUUGAAGGCGAAGCCCUCUCUUUCGCUGUUUUUGAGAGCGUGAGUUGCGAGAGUGUUGUAGCGAUUUCGCUGAGUUCGCAUCCAAAUCCGAGCUUCGAAAUGGCUGGACAAGAAUCAGAUAACCUACAACAAAGCACUGCAGAUAUGACCGUAUUUGUACAAAAUCUUCUUCAGCAAAUGCAAACUAGGUUCCAGACAAUGUCUGAGUCGCUUAUCGGAAAGAUAGAUGAGAUGGGAAGCAGGAUUGAUGAACUGGAACAAAGCAUCAACAACCUCAAGGCUGAGAUGGGAACAGAUGGUGUGUCUGAGGCAAAGCCUGAAGAUCCAAAACCAGCUGAUGAAUCUUCAUGAGGUUGCAGCAAGCAACUUGUAACUACUCUGCUGGUGGAGCAACUGUCUUUUCUUGAAACUAUUAAUAUUCAUCUGGUUAUUAGAAACACCUCUAAUAUUUGAAUAUUAAGCUGAUCUCUAUUCAUGUUUACAGCCGUUGCUUUCCUGAGUUAGUAUUCUUAAACUUAUGUGAGAGAUAUUUUUUUUACAUAUUUUCCAAGUGAAAUGAGUAUAGACCUUGGCAUGCUUU